UCAUAUCAGAACGAGAACAUCACAACAAAAAUGUCUGCUUGCUUUUCGGUGCGGUAAUUUUUUUUUCUCGUUUCACAAAUAUAGCGUUUGCGUCAAGCUUCUGCAUCUGAUGAAGACGUUGUUAAAAUAAAACCAAUCGAGACGCAAACUAGUCAGUGAAUAUUUUACCACGUAAGCGACUAAACUCGCAUCUAACAGUUCGUUGUUGAUUUGAAUUAUUAUUAACACUAGUAUCUCGUGUUUUAUUAAAAGCGUCAUGAUGGAGCCCACAGCUUCGGGAAUAUUCUGUAACAGGAUGCUCAGUAUGGUGAACUCUGAGGACGUGAACGCCAUCAUUCAAGCUCAGAAACACAUGCUGGACCGGUUUGAGAAGACCAAUGAGAUGCUGAUCAACUUCAACGGUCUGUCCAAUGUGCGCUUACAGCAGAUGAAUGAACACUUUCUGAUGCACACCCGCACUUUAAUAGAGAUGAAGAAAGACUUGGACAGCAUUUUCAGACGAAUAAGGACUUUAAAAGGCAAGGUUGCAAAACAAUAUCCAGAGGCCUUCUGCAACAUUAAUGAAUGUUCAAACCUGGAGGAUGAUGAUGUAGACUUUGAGCCCGUUCCUCCCAGUGUGGCCACCACCAUCACUACCACUGCGACGUCCGAACAGAGCACAGAGUCAUGUGACACAAGCCCUGAUGUGAUCUCGCCCACCAUCAGCUGCUGUUCUGAAGACCCGUCUCAAGAGCACACCGGCACACCCACCUCUGACAGCCACGAACAGCCAGUGUUACGGGACGAGGGGCCGGAUUCAGCUGACAUUUAGAUUCAUGUGUAUAAUUCUGUAUUUACUACAUACAGAUGCCACUGUAUGUAUCAGUGGGGCGAUGCAAGCUUACUAUGCGGAAAUGGUUUAAAUUUUAAUUUAGAAAAAUAAUGCAUACUUGCAUUUUGCAGAUUAAAAGAAAAGUUUUAAAGGUACACUUAAAAACAGUCAUGUUUACAUUGUGUUGUGGCAUUUUCAUGCUCAAAACCACAUUAUUUAGUAUCAUUUCUAGAUUCAGAAAAGUAUGUCAUCAAAUAAAAGCUUUUGCACAGUGUAAGUCUUUUAAUUAAACUCAUUUGCUUGGA